UUGUUGUUCAGUAUGUUUGUAAAUGCGUAAUAUUUACGUAACCAGUACUGCUCUUUUAACUUGCCCACGUUGAGCUGCGUCCUUCGUAAUUCCCACCUGCACUGAAUUGCGCUGAAAGGGAGGGUCAUUCAGCUAUSUCUUCUUAGUUUCUAGAGUUUGGGGAAAAAAAGUGAUUGGAAAUAAUUACUUGUGAUCUGCUCACAUCGAUGCAGAAUGUAGAGGAACAUUUAUGAAUGAAUUAAGAUUCAAUUUGAAUAACGGGUGAACUCCUCAAUGCGCUUCUAAUCUAAUUUUGCACGGCUAUAUAUAAGAAUUUCGGUAAAAUAAUUUGAUAAUGAUGAGGCUAUAGUUAUGAUAAAACUUAAGGUGAUUAUCGGCUUUAAUUUGUUGAGUUUCUGUCAAAACAUUUCACUUCUACGAUCAUACAACUUGCUUGUCCUUGAUGAACUAACCAAUCAUAGCUUAGCAAUGAAAAUCAAUUAAUUAAAAYCAAGUGACUACACUUCUAGAAACACUUGUUCUUGUCGAACAAACUCUUUCGGUGCGCUAGUUUAUUAGAAGCUCUAUGUUCUCAUUAUAGAAGGUAUGCGUGGUAGACUCUCGGAAGUACUAGAAGCAUUCAUUUGCCUGUGUUUACUUUUCCCGUUUUUUCACAGUAGCUAAGGGGUUUUGGUUUUGAAAACAGGUCAUGCUCGCACGCUUUAAUUCUGUGUUUAUCAUACUGGUUGGAAUAGCAAAGGAAGURCAAACAAAUACAAUACUUGCGCAUGUGUUUUUUGUUGAGGUCAGGUUUCUUCUCUCUUGAGUGCUCUUCCUCUUUUUUUGCUUUUGUUUUUUUUUCUAAAUAUCAUGCUUUUUAAGAAAAAGAAGAGGCUGGCUGSCCUAAAAGCAUGAAAUGUUGAUUCUCAAAGUUGUGAAAAUCUUUACUUAUUGCAUGGAUAUUGUUUUUCGGGACUGAAAUGUGUUUGAAAUGUUCCAGUAAAGCUUAGAGGACAUGACAGGUUUCUAUUCUUCAUUUCUUCACAUAUUUCAAUUYAUUGCAUUUAAUUUUUGAGACGUUUUGAUCCGUUCCGUUAUUUUUCCUUCUUUUUGUUUAGUUCCAUUUCUCUGGUUGGUCUCUUCCCACUAGUUAACCCUCCCMCAGUCACUUUUCUAAGACGAAGAAGUUUCGUUUAUAUUUGCUCGCGUAAUKUUUUUCACGUUAAGUCAUCAUUAUUUCAUUAUCRCUUUCAUGCUUUUUCUUYCUUGAUUUCCUUUUUUGAYUUACCAAUGACAAAAUUUAAUUUUCAUUGGUUAUAACAAUCAAUCAUUGCGCUGACUUUCCUCUCACAUACUUGAUUGAUCUCGCAUUCAUUCUCAGUAAAUCCCAACAGCAGUGUCUUCAUCAAAGAUUCAUAAGUCCUUACUUGAAUUCAACACAAAUUCUAAUUUCUUAACAAACUAGAGCAAAAAAUACUGAGUUGGCGUUUACAUAAAUAYAUGAGAGAAACUUUUAUUCAAAUUACUAGAUUGAACAAAAAGUCAAUUAGAAUUGUCAAAAGUCAUAAUGGCAUGACUGCUUGUUAUUGAUGUUCAUUAGAACACUAGCGAGAAAAUCAAAAUAUAAAAUGCCCCAAGCAACGGAAUCCAGGAGUUUUCAGCUUAGUGCAAACAACCCAUUAUARGCAGCAAAGAGGAUUUCAAGAGUGCAUUAAAAGUUUCCCGAGGAAACAAAAAAGUUAAUGUAGUUUACCAAGUCAGKUUUGCGGUAAAACACACAUUAUGGAUGAUCUUUUCGAGCUUAUGGUCGUUGGAAAUAAGCGGUACUUUGACACGAAUCGAAGCUACGAAAAAUACUGCCUUCGUCGUCUUAAGCGAAACUUGGGUGAUAAAACUACACAAAAUCGCAGAAGAAGUCGAAGAACUUCAGAUUCCAUGCUCGACUAUGGCUCAAAUAAACAUCGUGUUCGAUCUUGGGAUAAUGGUCUGACACCUUUGAUGCUCGCAUCGAGGGACAAUAAACAUAACAUAGUGGAGAAAUUACUGGAGCUUGGGGCUGUUGUAACUGACAAGGACAAGGAAGGACGUAAUGCACUWCAUUAUGCGGCUUCAUCAGGAUCAGAUGGAAUCGUUAAAUUAUUACUGGCUAAAAAAGUCGACCCGACUUUACCAGCUGGUCCUCUURAUCAACUUCCUCUUCAUAUGGCUUGCUCCAGGCCCUCAGGGGCUCUUGAAAUCGUACGAACACUACUCAAAGUAUCAGGAAAAGACUGCAAACUAGCAGUUGAUAAGAGUGGUGCCUCCCCCCUUUUUCUUGCCGUGUCUACUGGAAAUCAACAAGUUGUUAAAGAGCUUUUAGUGACGCAGGUUGACCAGCAAGUCAAUUUGAUCAAAACUGAAACAGGUGAAACAUGUUUACAUGCCGCCGUAAARAAGAGAGAUACUGAAAUAACCAAGAUACUCCUAGACGCCAACUGUCCAGUUGAUGUUCAAAACUUGGAAGGUCAAACAGCUCUACAUGUUGCUGCUACCGAAGGCGAUGAAUCCAUUGUCAAACUCCUUUACGCUGUCAAAGCAGAUGCAAACAUAUCCGAUUCGAAUGAUCGUACUCCACUCCACCUUGCUGCACAAAAAGGACAUUCAUCCAUCGCUGAGUUUCUCAUCGAUAAGUUCCGAGCCAACGUGAAUCUCAGAACAAAAGAUGGCAGUACAUUGAUGCACGUGGCUGCGCAUGCGGGUCAUCCAGAGGCGGCCAUGGUAUUCCUGAGGAGAGGUGUCCCAAUGCAUAUGCCAAAUAAGGAUGGAGCCGUGUGUCUGCACGCRGCUGCUCGGAGAGGUCACGUGGGCGUUGUCAAGGCGUUGUUAACCAAAGGAGCCAUGGUGGACACAAAGACCAAGGACGAAUACACUGCUUUGCAUAUCGCCGUUCAGCACGCCAAGCCACAAGUAGUUCAGACGUUAUUGGGAUAUGGAGCCAAUGUUCAACUUAAAGGAGGAAAGGAGCAGAGAACGCCAUUACACAUAGCUGCUGGUACCAAAGGUGGAGAACUUGCUGCAGAAAUGUUGAUUAAGAGCGGUGCCAAUGUCAAUUGCCCUAAAAUGAAUGGAGAAACAGCCGUUCAUAUUGCUUCAGCAUUUGGUAAUCUUGCAACCCUUAAACUGUUACUKAGCGAGAAAGCGGAUGCUGCAAAAAGAGCCAAGAACGGCGAGACCCCUCUUCACCAUGCCAUCAAGAAAGGAAGACUCAAAGAACUYGAAGAACUGAUAAGAGUUUUGUUCCAGACUAAAUCUAAAGCUGUGGCAAAGCUCGUUCUCAAUAUGCCUACAGAUAAAGGAGAGACUCCACUUCAUUACGCUGCUCARUUGUGCAAAAGUAAAUCUACUAGAGGUGACUAUGGGGUUGCGAUCACUACUAUACUUCUUCAAUACGGUGGUGACUGUACAGCGGUAACACACACGACAAAAGAAACUCCACUGCACGAGUGCUCGCGGUCUGGAAACAACGACACRCUUCAAAUCCUUCUUCAAUCGAUGCCACAAGGAAAAAUCCAAGCAGCUGUGAAUCGACGCUCUUCGACUGGUCUUGCUCCUCUWCACGUCGCUAGUGAGAAGGGUCACUUGGAUGUUGUACGGACUUUGUUACGAUAUCAAGCACGUGGUGACGUCUUUGAUGACACUGGAAAAGCUGCUUUACAUCUUGCUGCAGAACGAGGACAUCAUGAAGUGGCUCAAGAACUGCUUGAACAAAAGGCAUAUGUUAACGCAAAAACAAAGGUUGGUUUGACUCCCCUGCAUCUUGCAUCACAAAAUGGUCACAAAGAACUUGUUGGACUACUCGUUAGUCGCUACCAGGCUUCUGUAGAUGCGCUAACAUUGGAUAAAAAGACUCCUCUUCACUUAGCUGCAGAGAAAGGUCGAAUAGAAGUUUGUCGGCAUUUACUGGAACUAAGGGGCGAUAUAAGUGCUGUAGAUAAUAGAGGACAAACACCUCUACAUUAUGCAGCCCAGAAUGAUCACUCUGAAGUUGUUUCCAUAUUCCUUAAGCAUAAACCAGAUCUUCUACAGCACGUAAAUGCGGAAGGGUGCACAUGUGUUCAUAUCGCUGCAAUGAAAGGUAGCGUCUCCGUCAUGAAAGAGUUGACUAAGUUCAACCCUGCAGGAAUAACAUCAUCGAGAAACAAGAGUAAACACGCGACACCGCUGCUACUCGCUGCGAGUGGUGGACACAAAGAAGUUGUAGAAGUUCUGAUUGGCUAUGGUGCCUCUGCAAGCGAUGAAGACGCGGACGGUAUGACAGUYCUACAUCUUGCAGCCAAGCACGGCCAUGUCGAUGUCCUGGAAGUAUUACGUGGUAAAGUGCCUUGGAGUAUGGCUAGUGUUAAGACGGGUCUCACCGCACUUCACGUGGCAGCUCGUUACGGACAAAUAGACGUGGUUCGUGAAAUGCUUGUCAAAGUCCCUGGUACUAUCAAAAGUGAGUCCCCAUCRAUGACGGACACAGAAAAAUCUGGUUCCGAUUAUAGCUACACACCUCUACACUUAGCUGCUCAAUCAGGUCACGUGGGCGUCGUGAGGAUACUGCUGAACUCACCGGGUGUGCGCGUGGAUUCAGCUACAGCAAUGCAGGGCUCAAUUCCUCUUCAUCUCGCGGCAGAAAACGGCCAUUCUGAGGUCGUUAGUAUACUACUAAGCAAGUCAACUGUUCAACUUCAUGUCAAAGACAAGACUGGAAGAACAGCCCUGCAUUUAGCCGCUGCUAACGGUCAUCGUGAACUAGUCUCGCAGCUGAUUGGYCAGGGAGCUGAUAUUAAUGCGCCUGACGAGAAUGGCUGCGCUCCUAUUCACAUGGCAGCAGACUCGGGUCGAGUCGAGGUUGUCCGUCUUCUUGUUGAGUCUGGCGCUUCUCCACGCGUCGAAAAUAACGAUGGCAAGUUUCCAAUCUGCUAUGGGGCAGCGUCAGGUCAUUUAAGCGUUGUCAGCUAUCUCUUGCAGCAAGAAAUGAAUACCGAACGACUUGUAGCCGACAGGAAGUUCCUAUUUGACCUGAUGGUCUGCUCGAUGACCGUUGAUUACAGAUCGCUGGUUGACUUCAUUCUCCAAACGCCAGCCCCAAUCUACUCCGCUGCUAAACUUUCCCGCCACUACCGAAUUGAAUCCACCCGAGAGAAAGAAAGAGGUCGCGACUUAGUGGCUGUUAGCAAAGUCUGCUCAAAUGUUGCYGUAGAGCUUCUUUCAYUAGCAUGCGCCGACAAUCCAGAAGGGUUACUAACAGCGGUUGACGACCGUGAUGUACCUUUUCUUGACUUUUUGAUAGAGACUGAACAAAAAGACUGUGUAUCACACCCUACAGUUCAGGUCUACCUAGGGGACGUCUGGCGUGGGGAUUUCAAAUGGGAUGACUGGAAAUACUUUUUGUUGUUCAUUCUGUGUCUGAUUUGUCCGCCAUUUUGGGCAUUUUUGUGUCUUCCUUGGAAAGACCGCUUCCACAAAGUACCGAUUAUUAAGUUCAUUUGUCAUCUUAUAUCCCAUUUGUAUUUGAUUCUAUUGUUUUGUUUAACGACUGUGGUGCCGUGGAGUAGUCCUGUUUAUUCSUUGAUACCUCGAUGGUAYGAGUGGCUUCUAGUCAUAUGGCUAUCGGGUUUGUUAUUGUCUCAGCUAACAGAUCCCCACGAUCGAGCAGGACUGGGUUGGAUACCUGUAAUUGUGCUUUUCCUCAGUCUCAUCGCGAUAUUUAUUCAUCUCAUUGCCAACGCUGUGGACAAAGAAAAUCGCAUAGAUAUGAUCUACACUCGUAAUCAGUUCCUUGCUCUUGGAAUGAUGCUGUGUUUUGCUCAACUCUUAGACUUUUURUCCUUCCAUCACUUGUUUGGUCCRUGGGGGGUCAUCAUCCGGGACCUCAUGUAUGACCUCGURCGUUUCCUUGUUAUUUUACUUAUCUUCAUGCUUGGCUUYACGGCGCACCUGACGGCUGUCUACCGGCCAAUGUACGGCGAAUCGMAAGAAGAACACAAGGUAAACGAGAACGCUACGUUUGGUUUCUUCUUCUGCUUUGAGCUUUUGUUUUUUAGUUUAUUUGGACUCACUGAAAUGGACAGCUUGGUACCUCAAGAAAAACAYCCUCGCGCCACUCACUUCAUCGCCAAGGCAACGUUCGGUAUUUACAACGUUAUUACUAUCAUUGUACUGAUUAACUUACUCAUUGCUAUGAUGAGUGACACGUACCAGAGAAUCCAGAGACAGUCUGAUACGGAGUGGAAAUUCGGUCGCGCUAAACUGAUACGCAAUAUGAAGCGUUCUACGACAACCCCAUCCCCGCUUAACCUCAUUACCAAGUUUAUGUCGUACCUUAAGAUCUUAUACAAAGCGAAAUGCAGAUGUUGUCGUGCAGACAUCAUUGAUAUUCUACGAACUGGCGACCAAGUACCAGACAACUUAUCAGUGAAUCUAAACGCCCUGUACACCGAGCAUCAUGUCCCAUCGUGGCUGCCCAAUGGAACAGUCAGGCAUCAUCGUGAGAGCAUUACACGGAACCCGCGUAUUGAAGAAGUACUAGAUUGGAAAYUAUUGGUUAAAAAAUUCAUCGAUUURCGCUCUCGAAGAGGAUCSACGGAGCAAAUUAACGAAGUCUCAAGACCUUUAAACAGCAAACCAGUAGAACUUUCUGCAACAAGCGUUUCUAAUAGGCGACCGCGGCCCGCAUCAGUGUUAGGACUGGGACGUCAAAAUGGAGGUUUUAAUUUUGGCCGACCCGGGUCAAACUUUGGCUCCAACAUGUCAUUACAUCGUGUUGUUAAUGAAACAGUACGAAAAAUCGACAUAGUCACGAGUAUGAGAGAAGUUCCCUCGGGUACGGAAUGACGCACCUGAAUUGUUCAUUUUCACAACACCACCUCUCCAAAACAAAUUCGACACAAUUAUGCGUAUUUAAAUAAAACGGAUAUCAAAAUAUA